AUGAUUCAGCGUAAGCCUGUCCCAGGCGGCCGUCCGCUCAAUGUCGACCAGAAACAAGCUCUUGAUAAAGUCAUGGGCGAGACACGAACGUCACCAGACUCAAAGCCACCUCCAUAUGAGUUCGAAAAGGUCGAAUCCAUCCAAGAAGGCCAAAUAAUCGAUGAAUUCGAUCAACAGCUCGAGGCUCUGCAUCUGGAUAGCGAACCCGACCCUUCCGAAGCUCCUCCCGGAGCGUCUCACGAGAGCGUCGAACAAGCAACAGCGAGUAGCAAGAAUCCAUCAAAAGUGAAAGCCGCUCUGGGCACAGCGUACAACCAAGCCGUCCAUUUCGCUGGCGGCCUCGUGUCUCAUCCUUUUGAAGCCACGAAACACUACUCAGUCCUCCGACACUCCAUUGGCUUGGUCUAUUAUCGAGGUCCGACGACAAGUGUCGCCAUCACCGUCUUCUCAGACCAGCCUCUCCCACCUGACCGGAAGCUAUGGCUUCAAAAACGAGGCUUCUCCGGCAAGACUGGUCUAGCGGUUGGGAAACUUGGAACGAGAUCUGCUUGGAUCGAUGUCACGCCGACUAUCUCUGCUACUCCUGACGCAUUGCCCAAAGCUGAUGAGCGGGCGUGGCAGCGGGAUAUCAACAAGUUCCGCAAAAAAGCUAAAGACGUCAAGCAAAUUCGAAACCACCGCCCAUAUGAGACCAAUGUCGUUCGGAUUCCACACGUUGCCGCCGAUGGGUAUUUCAGGAUCGUGCUAUGCGAGGGUCGCAAGGUUCUGUGUCCCUCGCCGGUCUUUCGCUACGCCUCUACCUCUACAGACCCGGGCAUGCUUCGAGGUGCCAGCCUUCGCAGUCUACCUCUUGAGCUAGGGAUCAAGAUUGGUGCCAUGGUCGCCAACAACGCAGCAAAUGCAGCCGCCGCCGGUGCAGUGCAGCCUGUCACGACUGCAGUGCAGAACGCCGUUCAGCCUUAUCAAUAUGGUGGUCUGACGCAAAUGGCGGCGACGAGCGUUUACGACAGUAGUGGGGCUCCACAGAAGAUUGAAGAGGUCAACGAAGUGUAUGAGCAAAGGCGGGAGCUUUCUCAUCAACAAGCAAUUGUUGACGCAGACGCCAGGGCAAGUCUGAUAGGCAGCGAUGAUGGCCCAGAGCAUCCAUUCCCAAUACGCCUCACUGGCAAAGUCAUCCCAGGGACUGGCCGAAGCAGAAGCGAGUUUGGAAUGCCUACAGCGAACAUCUCAGAUGUUGCUGAAGACACGAUACUCCGUCUUUCAGGGGUGUACGUUGCUUGGGCAAUGGUCAGCCCUCCCAAGAAACUCAAAGAACAUUCGCCAUCGAACGGACUAUACGAUGUAUGGCAUCCAGCCAUAGUCACAGCAGCGCCUUUGAGAAAGACCCAUACAAGUGUGGUAGAGAAGAAGUCAAUCUCAGCAUACCUGAUCAAUGACUUCGACAACACAACCUUCUUCGACAGUAAAGUCCACCUCAUGGUGAUGGGCUUCAUGCAUCCCGUUCUCCCAAGCUCCACCGAAGAGCAAGCCCUGCAAAUAGCCCAAGACGUCGCCAUAGCCCAAGCCUCCCUCGAACGACCAGCCUGGCAAGCCGAAACCCUCCUCUUCCGCAUCGAAACCGAAUCGUCCUCCCGCUCCUUCACAGAACGAGUCGCCGACGUACGAGAGGCUGGCCAAAAACAAGUCGACAAAGUUCCUGUACAUUGGCUCGGCGUCAGGACCGACAGCAUGGGACUGAAAGAUCAGCUCAUUGGAAAUGGUGGUAUUUGCGUGAGGCGAUAA